UCAUCCGCCGGCGCUACAAGUGGCUAUCCCACUUCGACUCUCGAACGAGCGCGCGCUCGAUCGCCUGUGGCUCUCUGUCGCGAUUCGCGAGCACGCCGGAAACGUUCGUAGAUCGCGCGCGCGGAUUCGUACGUAUAUCGUAACGUUCGCAAGACGUUACGUCGUGAUUCGAUUUGCUCCGGACGGCGGGCUUUGCCUCGACCGAAACCACCGUACUCCACUCGGCCAAGCGUCAACGUGACGAUGAUCGCGCCGUCUCGCCGACGCUCGCGUCGACGGGUCGCGUCGUCCUAAACAUCCCGGGGCUCGAGGUGUGCGAUGACUCGUGCGGGACCGACGGAAUCGUGGAAAGAAUCCGGCGGGAAGUCGCAAAUGGCCGAAGAUCGAUACUGCGACGCGAAACACCGUGAAAAUUCCCGAGGAGAUCGGGGGAGCCAGGUUCGCGAGCGAGCGGUGAACGGCGAGCGGCACCCGGUCGACCUUCCGCGAGAUCGAUGCUUGUAGACUUCGAGGCGCACCGCGGCAUCUCGGUCCCUAGGAACGUGCCAUCAAGAGCGGAGAAAACCCGCGGAGAUAACGACGAGGACGAUGACAGCCGCCUGAGCAGCGGCCGGCGUCAGCAUUCGCGCGGAACACCACGAGGACAGCAGCCCGCAAAAAUGAGCUUCUUCAACUCCCUGCAGGAGUACGUGACUAACAGCGUGAAGAGGUUCUCGUUCAGCCGCGAGGACUCGGCCACCAGCGGGACCGGAAGGAGCAGCUCCACCGGAAGCGUCACCUCGACCACCAACACCGGCGCCACAGUUUCCCAGCAAGCCACGCCGCACGGCUUCCCCAAGGUCGUGCCGCCGCCAGGAACCGUCACGUCGUCGCACACGCGCUCGCUCUCGGCACGUAGACGCACCCUCGAGUGCACUUCCGCCCCGGGACUGACGGUGCAUCCUGCGUCAGGAAGCGGCGCCACGUCGCCGAGAAGAGUCGGCUCCUUUCGCCGUAGCGGCGGAUCCGACGAUCGACCGCCUCUUCCGUCGUUCUGCCGUCGCAGACCGUCUUGGCAGGAGUUUGACGUACAGGCCACUUCCGGUGUUCAAGAGACAGAUGGAUCCUUCUUCGAGAGCUUCACCGCGUUAUCCUGGAAACAGGAGAAUCGGAGGCGUGCUGUCCUGCAGGAAGUGGAAGCGAGAGCGAUGGAGCCGCAACCGCCGUCCAGAGACUCGACUUUGACUUCACAACCGUAUCGGCUUAGCAAAAAAGAGAUGGAACAACUGUACAUAGAAGUCCUUUACACGAUUGCGAACACGGUGGGCGCCAGCACAGGGCAGUACGCUCACUACAAAGAGGACCUAUACCGGUACGCCCAAGAAGCCUUCGGCGUCCCGCAGGAUCAGCACCGGCGAUAUCUCAAUAUCGCCACGGAGGAGAAGCCACCUAUCGUUGUGCUGAGCGUGGUGGUGAUCGAAGCCGACGGGCUCGAGGCGAAGGACGUCAACGGAUUCAGCGAUCCUUACUGCAUGCUGGGAAUACAGCCCGGCAACGCAGGUGCGCCAUUGAGUCCGCAAACGAAUCUAACGGCGCACUCGCCGCACACACCCCCGGCAUCCCCGCGGCAAACGACUCGCGCCCUGUCCGACGGCGGUGAGAACGAAAACUCGCAUCACGAGAAGCUCCGCAAGCAUCACAGUUUCAGGCUCUCGUUUAAGCGCAAGGAGCACAGCAGCAGGCGGGAACACCGCGAGUCCUUGAGCAGUGCUCUACCCGCGAAGUUUAUACGAGCCACCACGGUGAAGCCGCACACGCUGAGUCCGCGAUGGAACGAGAAGUUCCGUUUCGACAUCGACGACGUCAGCACGGACAAUCUCCAUCUGGAUAUAUGGGACCACGACGACGAGUCCUCGGUGUUCGACGCGGUAAUUAAACUCAACGAAGUGCGAGGUGUGAAAGGGCUGGGGCGAUUCUUCAAGCAGAUCGCGCAGAGCGCUAGAUCUGGCAGCCAGGACGAUUUCUUGGGUUGCGUGAACAUUCCCUUGCAAGAUAUUCCGAGCACCGGGCUCGACCAAUGGUACAAACUUGAGGCGCGGACGCAAAGGAGCAACAUCCAAGGCAGAAUCAGACUGAAAUUAUGGCUGUCGACGCGAGAGGACCGGGGAACGUCCGAGGAGGAUAAUUGGGACGAACUGAGGCAACAGGAAAGGCUGUACACAGUUUUCCUUAAUCACGAGAUGAACAAACAAGAGGCAGACUUCACCGGGGAACUGCCGCAAACCGCUCUGACGAUCCUGCACCAGCACGCGGUGCAAGGUGACGUAACCGAGUUGCAGCAGGCUUUAAUAAGGUGGGUGGCGAGUUCCCGACAGCCCGCCGUGGACCCCCGUACGCUUCUUCGGCUGCUCCAGGAGCUCAACAACCGAUGGCACACGGAGACCUUAUCGCGCGACGCAGAGCAAUGCCUGGCGGACUCCUUCAACGAUUUCUUGGAGGUGUCCCUGAAGAAGGUCAGGCAACACCGAGUAUUGUAUCCGCCUCAACAUGAGGCGACGUUGGUGAAACUGGAAUACCUGCUCAGAUGCCUGGGACUUCUCUCGAACAUGAAGGCUUUCCGAACUUGUUGUCCCUUCAACAAGGAAAUCCGAGGAGAGAUCAUUACUGCUCUCAGGAAGGGAACUCUUGAAUGGUACGAGGACACCAGGCAACAGACGAUGUGCCACGAUCAGGAACCCGAUCAGGACGCCGACCGUGUCCUACAAGAUUUCACGAACUUGGUAACCGCGUUAUUGGUCGAUCUCGAGCAGGGACUUGAAUGUUAUAACAGUCUCUUUGAAAGCACGAAUGGUGUGCCAUAUUUCUCGGCAGUUUACAAACAACUGGAGAAGCUGCUGGCGGAACACGUGGCGAAACACAUGGAGAACACUUCCGAGAUGCACAACGAGCUCGGUGCGAGAGUCACCACCGCCUGUCUGCAGCUGCACGGUCAGGACAGGGACGAGGAAUACGUCCUGCCGCCGGGCGCGGAGAUAGGAACGCCGAUAUUCGAGCUUUACUUGGCGCUUCAGGACUUCGUGAACAUGAAGGAGAAUCUGCCGCAAUCGGAUCACAAAACUUUGGCGAUCUGCAAGUAUUACGAGUGGUUCAGACCGGCUGUCGACAAAUGGCUGGAUCUGGCGAAGCUCAAGGCGGUACAGAGAGUGCGACGGGCGGAGGAGCUCGAUCGGAUCUGCACCGGGGAUCCCGCGUCGUCGUACAACUACAUCGUCAAGCACGGCACGUCCGCGAACGACGUCACCGUGUGCUUUUAUCAGAUCAAGGAGUUCUGGAAGAAACUGGCAUGGCCGGACCUGCUGGGUUCUAAUAACUUCGUGCUGAAAGUCAUCGAUGCAAUUUGCAGUUCCGCGUCGUACUUCGCCGAGCUGAUGCACCAGAGGUUGGCGGACAGUGGAUAUUACGAGGACCACUCACCGUACAAGACCACAGACGAGAUGUGCGUGACUAUCAACGGUCUCGAGUACGUGAGAAGGUGGCUGCUGGACCUGGGGGACGAGUUGCGCGUGGAGCAGAUCCUGGCGGCUCUGGAGACCCAAGCGGGCGACUCCGUGCGGAUGCAGUGGCGAAACGCUCUGCUGACGCCGCUGGAACAGACGCCCGCGCAGAUGCUACACUACAUCAAUCAGAUAAUCUCGAAAAUUGGGGCGAAGAUGAGACCGCCUCUGAAGAAGGCGAUGUUCCACUUGGCUUGGUCGCCCGAUAGCUUACCGACCACAGAGGCGAUCGCGCCUCUUAUUGAAUACCUGGACGCUCACCUGGUGGCACUCAACAGAGAUCUGCUCCCCGCGAGCUUCAAUCGCGUCCUCCACGAGAUCUGGGAAGUGGUCCUCAGCGAAUUGAGCAACCAAAUGGACGGCAACGCCGAGGAUAAGCCGAAGAUGUUCUACGAGAGGCUGCACGAGGCGCUCGACCUGUUGGUGAAGUUCUUCCACGCCGACGACAGAGGUUUGCCUCUGGAAGUGCUGCGUCGGCAGAGUUUCGUAAACGCGGAGGAACGUCUUCAGUAUCAUAAGAUGGACACGACCUUCCUGAUCGACCGAUACUACCAGCAACGCCUGAUGGAUCAAUUCAACACGGUUACCUACGAAUACGGAGUGUUGACCGUGCGGGCUUAUCUAAAUCACGAUUCUCUCUGCCUCGAGGUGAUCAACGCCAGAGACGUCAUUCCGCUGGACCCGAACGGCUUCAGCGAUCCCUUCGUGAUAAUCGAAUUGCUACCGCGUCGGGUGUUCGAGCACUGCGCCGAGCAGCAGACCAACGUCAAGAAGAGGACUCUGAAUCCUAUGUUUGACGAGUGUUUCGAAUUCUCGGUGAGCGUGGAGCAAUGCCGUGACCCCAACGCGAUGGUCCUCUUCACGGUGAUGGAUCACGACGUCCUCACGGCCAACGACUUCGCCGGCGAGGCUUUCCUCGGACUCAGCACCAUACCCGGCGUCGCCGACACGAACGCUAGCAUAGACAAUUUUCAUGGCCUCAAGCAUCAGGAACUACCGCUUAUGCACCAGAAAAAUCGGAACCACCCGAUCCUUCAGAUUCUGGAAACCCGAAUCGGCGACAAAAUGGCCCUCGACUUUGUGAAGAAGCAGAAACAACGAUUCGCCGCGACGUAAACGCAACCGGCGCCGACGAAGGAGAGGAGGAUGAAGAAGAAUAUGAAGAGAAAGAAGGUGAAAGCCGCGGCGAUGCGUCGCGUAUGCCAUCAAGACUUGCACACACUAAUCUUUAAGAGUCAAUGGAAAUUGAAGAGGAGGAGGAGAAAGAGGAGGAAUUCCAUCCCUGCGGUAUAUCGUCGAUUCUCACUCUCUCCCUCUCCUUCCCUCCCCCUCCCUCCCUUUCUCACUCUCUCUCUUUCUACCUCUCUUUCUAUCUCUUUCACGCACUCUCUCUAUCCUUCCGUCUACCAAACUUCAUCCCAAAGAUCCGUCAGAUCUGUUUCAGUGUAAAUCGUGUUGAAUAUAAUUGGUGUUGGUUAAAAAGAAAAAUAAGAAAAAAAAAGAGAAAAAAGUGGUAAGCACGGCGCGGAAAAGGAGGAUCAAGGGAGAUACAUCAGAACUAUUUUUGUGUCGAAGAAGAAGAAGAAGGUGGGGUGGUGAAGGUGGGGCGAUGCAGCGCACGGGAGGAAAAAAAACAGUAAAAAUCUGUCUACGUUGUGACGUAGCUGAGGAUAAAUGUCUAAGAGCCGUAUACUCGCCGUACACUCGAAGCGACGCCGGAGCGCCCGCGUUUACUUUGCAUUUUACACGGAGAGGCCGCGGAUAGAUAUUCGAGGAUAAAUUCGCGGAUAAAUCGAUGUUUCACGAGGAAGCGCGAGAAGCCCGGAACGGGAGGAAACCACCGGGAUACUGAGAAAGCACGAGGACUCUUCUCUUGGCGAACACGCCCGACGUGUCGAGCGUUAAUCGCGAGCGGAAAUCGGAGCUUCCGCGAAUAUAACGCGAAUAUAUGGAAUGCACGCGCGACGGCUCUCUUCGUCGAGAGCCAAAUUAUUUUCAUCACGAGCAGCUGCCCCGAGGAAGCGGGUCGUCGCGCGAGAAAAUUCCCCUGCCUCGAUCGCGCGUAUGAAUCGAUUCAUUCACGGCGGCACACGCGGGGGAAAAGCGAGAUCUCUCUCUCUCUCUCUCCCUCUCUAUCUAUCUAUCUAUCCCUCCCUUUGUUGUUGAAUCAGCUCGAGCGAAAUUAGUUUUUCACGAGAAUCGCAUAGCGUUUGAAGUCCUCUUUCCCUCGGACGCAAACGCAACGCACAACGAAUAAGUGAAAAUCGUCGUUCUGACGACGAGUUGAUGAACACUGGUGUCGCUCGCCGAUCGAGUCGUUGGACGGUACAAUUAGGAUACAUCGCCCCUGAGGUGCGUUAAAAAAAAUCAGGAGCUUUGAUAUAUCGUUUCCUCUCGUGUCAAUAUAAAUUCCCCCGAGAUUACUCCUUUAUCGCGUAUUUUCACACAUACACGCACACACGCGCGCGCGCGCGCACGUGAAGACCCAUUAUACCUCGAUAAAGCUGUCUAUCUAUAUUCCUCGAUGAGUAAACGCUUUUCCUCCCCGGAGAGAGCGAAUGCCGCCGUGCCGCUCCGGCGUCGCUUCGACGGCGUGGAUUCGAGCCGAGAGAGCGGAUAUACGAUAUUUUUCUUACUCGUCAUCGGCUAAAGAGUCUCUUUCUAUCUCUCUCCACACCGCCCAAGCUACUACCGCUACCGAAGCUCGGAAAGCUAAAGAAUUGUCGACACGCGUGCGCGACUCUUCUCGCUUGUACGUACUCUCAUGCGGAUCGACUCCAACGCCGGGACGCUUCCUCUCGCGCCGCGGAUUCCUCACCCGGAUGCUCUCUACUCUGUGAUCUCUUCGAAAGCAUCGAAACAAGAUACGGAAUAACGGGUCUCGAGAAAGCCGGACUGGUCCGGUCUUCGCGAAGUCGCAGGCAGGUGUUUCAUACUUUCCGCGCUCUCACUCUCAUUCUCACUCUCUCUCUCUCUCUCUCUUUCUCUCUCUCUCCCUCUCGACGAGAGCGUACCUCUGUACAUCGUCCUCGGAGCACGACUUUUCUAUUAGUUUCGUUUUGCUCGUACUACUCGCAGUGUGCGAUGUUCUGUGUAGACUUUCCGACUUUUCGGCGCGACGCUGACGAAUUCUUCGCGACUGGCGUCGAAGUAUGCGACACCAUCCGGACGAAGUAACGAUUGGUCGAAGAAUCGAACGCUGCUGAGGAGCGAAUUUGGCGCAAAGUGCAAUUCUUUCAAUCGGCUCCGGUCUCGGGGCCGAGUUUCGAUCACGCAUUUGACACGCGAGAGGGAAAAAGUAACGUUCCCACUAUUUCGACCCGGUUCUGGACAAAUUUAACGAGAUUCUUCCGUUUGUUCGCUCGUUCGUUCGUUCGUUCGUAGAAUAAUUUACAAGAUUAAUUGAGAAUGAUGACGCAUCACGCUCACUGACACAGGGGAUCUGUGUGUGUGUGUGUGUCGCGGAUUAAUUAUAUACAAUUAACUGUGUUGAUUAAUUAUGAUCGAUGUGGAGCAAAAUUGGCAACGUAGGCAAAUCAAAGAGAGAGAAAAAAAGAAAGGCGGAACCGGCAAACGGGCGCGGUCGAGCAUACACAUGUCAAUUUUUCUAAUGCACGUAUCACACACGCGCGAGCGAGCACUUCGUUGCGUAAUUACGUGAGAGGGGAAAAAAUAUAUAAAUGCGGCAAUUAUACUUAAACGAGCGCGCCCCGCGUGAAACACACCUUUAUAUUUCGCACGCCUUGUACGACGGGAGGAAGGAAGCGAGCAAGCAAGCAGGCAGACAGGCAAGAAAACGAAGCGAGCGAUUACGAUGGAGCGACCCUCGAAGAUUCGUCUGUCCGAUCCUCGACAUAUUUCGUGCAUCGAAUCCAAUCGAACUCUACUGUAUUUGCUUUUUCAAUCUUUUUCAACCAUCAAAACGUAUGUACGAUCUAUCUUGUAUCGUGAGACGAAUAAAUUAAUAUAAAUGUA